CCAUUGAUUAAAGCAAGAGGCGGGGCUUGUUGGAAAAGGUUCAGGUUGGGGAAAAAAAUAACGCGGUUGCGACAGAGUAAUGACAUUGUAGCGACUGUAAUUUUAUACAAACAGAAGACAGAACCCUUCAAAAAAGGCAGGCCCAACCAUGGGGAAGUCUCUGUUUUCCUUGCCAAAGAAAAAAGAGGACCAGGAGAAACUGACUGAAGACUCAAAGUCCCAAACCGAGGAUGAUAAUGAGGAUGUAUCACAGUUUCCAUAUGUUGAAUUCACAGGCAGAGACAGUGUCACCUGUCCUACCUGUCAAGGGACAGGGCGAAUACCAAGAGACCAAGAAAACCAGCUAGUUGCUUUGAUACCAUACAGCGACCAGAGACUGAAGCCAAGACGAACGACAUUGUACGUGUUUGUAUCAGUCUUUCUGUGUCUGCUGCUUUCUGGUCUGGCUGUGUUCUUCCUGUUCCCUCGGACUAUUGACGUCUCUUAUGUUGGAGUGAAGUCAGCCUAUGUCACUUAUGACAGAGACCGGCGGAUAAUAUACCUAAAUAUCACGAAUACCCUUAACAUCACCAACAAUAAUUACUACCCAAUACACGUGGCCAACAUCUCAGCCCAGGUGCAGUUCUACAAGACUGUCAUUGGAAAGUCUGUCGUCAGUAAUGUCACCACCAUCAUCCCCCUGGAUAUGCGACAGGUUGAUUACACUGUUCCCACUAUCAUAGCCAAUGAGAUGAGCUACAUAUUUGACUACUGUACCAUGCCGUCAAUUAAAGUGCAUAACAUUGUUGUCAUGAUGCAAAUGACUGUAACUGCAGUGUACUUUGGCCAUGCUGAGCAGGUGUCUCAGGAAAAGUACCUGUACGUGGACUGCGGCUCAAACACCACCACUUCACGUGGACCCAUGAGUGUGAUACAGUGACGCCCCUCCGUAUGACCCACAAUCCCUAAUGUUCUAAUGUGGUGGUAAAAAAAAUCUACUUGUCCUGAAGUCUGUACUGUAGGGUGGCAACAUCAGGAUUGAUCAGCGAGUUUCAGUCGGAGAGCUGAUGCCUUUCUUAGCACAUCAUUACUGAUUCUUUAGCACUGGAGGUUUUGCUUGGAUAGACAGAAGCACUUUAGUAUAUUUUGGGAAAAGGAAUGACAGCAGCAGAAUAUUCUACAUAGAGCUGCAACACUUAAACAACUUUGACUUUACUCCGUUAUUCUUUUGGUGUGUUUAUUUUGUAAUUUUAAACAUUGUCAUGCUCAUAUCAUUCUGUUACUUAGCUGUUUGUUGAGCAGGUACUCUGUAGAUGUUUUUUUGAGUAUGUUAUUAACAUAUAUCAACAAAACCAUUAACAGAUGCCUUCAUUUUUACUGGGAUGUUACUUGCCUGAAACCACACUCAAACUUGAGUUUAUGAGAAUUUUAGAUUAACUCCAUAUUGUGGAUUUUCAUCUUCUUACUGCAAAGAUUUUUUGUUUGGUUUAAAUGUUUUAUUUUAAUUUCACAAUUUAUGUUCAAAGGGAAUGUUUAGAAGGACGGUCUAAACUACUUUUGAAAUUAUGAAAAUUUAAAAAAAAAAAUAAAAUGAAGUGGGCCAUUUUGAGGCAAGCACAACACGAACCAGGUGUCAUAAUGAAAUGUAAUAUAAAUUUACCUCAGCAGGAAGCUAUGGAGUGUAUUAAUUAAGAAAAAAAGGGAACAGAAGUUGAUGGACUUCUGUUAAUUGAUAGUACAUUUCUGUUGUCAUAUUUCAAUCACUAAAUUUGACCAUUUUUUCUUCUUCUUGGUGUUGAUGUAGAUUAUUGUUAACUUGGAUGUUUCUCAUUCAUUUAAACCUUUUUUCUUAUUUUGUUUUGGUGGAAUGACACUUUUACAUAAACUUAUUUGAAUGGUAUUUAAUUUCAGUGUUGGAAGGAUUUAUCAAUAAAUAGAAUUUCUUUGAUGAAAA